GCGGCACAGAGCCCAGUCAUACGCGGUGACUCGCAGCGCAAGAGAAAAAAUUACUGCCCGUAGCAGCGUGCCGGCCACACUUUCUUCCAUUUUGCGCUGGCCUGGGCUUCCCUGUCACCACCACCACACCCACUCCCACUUUUACCUUUCGCUUGAACAACCCACGACUCGACCCCGUCGGAGGAUUUGUCGCCAGAAAACCAUACACAGCAACCACCUUUGCUUUGAAUAGCCGGUUCCUGUGCCUUUGUCUGCGAAUACGGCCCUGUUUCCCCCCUGUGGCCUUUUCAACACCACGAAAUUUUAUCACGAAGCGAUACAAACAAAAGCGGGGCAUCUUGAAAGCACCCCUCGAUCGAAGUCUAGAAAUACAAACCACCCAAUAUGGCGCCCUCUUUCGAUCACCUGCGCGAGACUGACCUCGAUGACGAUGAGUUCAACGAGGAUGACAUUGACGUGACGGAUCUCCGCGAAAAGUUCGACAUCCAGCUCGAGAAGGGCUACGAUACCUUUGUCGUUGUCGACGGCCUUCCCAAGGUCAACGAGGAGCAGAAGCCCAAGCUUGUCAAGUUCUUGCUCAAGAAGCUCAACGCUGUUGGCAAGGCCCGCGAAGAUACCCUCCACAUGCCUAUGGGCGAUGAUGGUAACUCUUUGAGCUUUGCCUUUGUCGAAUACUCUUCCGCCGCCGAGGCUGCUGCCGCCACCCGCCAGUUGGACGGCGUUGCCCUGGACAAGAAGCACACUCUCCGUGUCAACAAGAUUAGCGAUAUCGAGCGUUAUGGUGGCGAAGGUCGCGUAGACGACAACUACCAGGCCCCCGAGAUUGAAGAAUUCAAGCAGCGCGAGCACCUGCGAUGGUGGCUCAAGGAUCCUGCUGGCCGCGGCCGCGACCAGUUUGUCAUGUACCGUGGCGACAACGUUGGUGUUUUCUGGAACAACGAGCGUGACCAGCCCGAGAACAUUGUCGACCGCCCCAACUGGACCGAGACCUUCCUUCAGUGGUCUCCCCAGGGCUCGUACCUCACAUCUAUCCACGCCAAGGGUGUUUUGCUUUGGGCCGGCCAAAACUGGACCAAGCAGGGGCGCUUCCCUCACCCCUUUGUUAACCUCGUCGCUUUCUCUCCCAACGAAAAGUACCUCGUUACAUGGUCUAACCGUCCCAUCUCCGUCACUGGCGAUGCUGACGAUAUCUUGACCGCCGAUGAUGAGGGCAAGAACUACGUCAUUUGGGAUAUUGCUACACAGGAGCCUCUCCGUUCGUUCGCUAACCUCGAACCCCCCAAGGGAGGAGAUGAGGGCAAGCCCGCCCCCAAGCUCUCAUGGCCCAUCUUCAAGUGGUCUGCCGACGACAAGUACGUUGCUAGACUGAACCCUGGCAACUCCAUCUCCGUUUACGAACUCCCCCGCAUGAACCUUCUCGACAAGACCAGCAUCAAGAUUGAUGGCGUUGCCGAUUUUGACUGGGCUCCCGCGACGGCUCAGCGUGAAGGUGUCAAGACUGCUGAGCAGCUCUUCUGCUUCUGGACCCCCGAAAUUGGCAGCAACCCUGCCAAGGUCGGUCUCAUGAGCGUCCCCUCCAAGGAGAUUGUCCGUACCCUCAACCUCUUCAGUGUUAGCGACGUCAAGCUUCACUGGCAGUCCGACGCGACCUACCUCUGUGUCAAGGUCGACCGUCACUCCAAGUCAAAGAAGUCUCAAGCUACCACGCUGGAGAUUUUCCGCAUCAAGGAGAAGGGUGUCCCCGUCGAGGUUGUCGACACUAUCAAGGAUACCGUCAUCAACUUUGCUUGGGAGCCCAAGGGCGACCGCUUCGCCAUCAUCACGACUACAGAACCCGUUGCCGCGGCUGCGGUCCAACCCAAGACGGCGAUUGCCUUCUUCUGCCCCGAAAAGGCAAAGGGUGCCCACGCCGGUAACUUCAAGCACCUCCGCACGCUGGACAAGAAGAACAACAACGCCAUCUACUGGUCGCCCAAGGGCCGUUUCGUCAUGAUUGGUACUAUUGGUAACCAACAGAGCUCCGACCUCGACUUCUUUGACCUCGACUUCGAGGGUGAGAAGCCCGAAUCCGACAAGGACCUGACAGCGAACCUGCAGAUGAUGAACACUGCCGACCACUACGGUAUCACCGAUGUUGAGUGGGAUCCCUCGGGUCGUUUCGUCGCCACCUGGGCCUCUGCCUGGAAGCACAAGAUGGAGAACGGCUACCACAUUUACGACUUCAAGGGCGAGCUUCUUCGCGAAGAGCCCAUUGACGGCUUCAAGCAGUUCCAGUGGCGUCCUCGCCCUGCUACGCUGCUUACCAAGGACGAGCAGAAGCAGGUUCGCAAGAACCUCCGUGAGUACAGCCGUGUCUUUGAGCAGGAAGAUGCCGACCGUGGUGCUUCCGCCGAUUUGGCCGUUGUCGAGGCCCGCCGCCAGAUGCUCGAGGAGUGGUACAGCUGGCGCGAGGAGGUCGAAUACGACCUUGCUGAGGAGCGCGCCGCUCUCGGCCUGCCGGAGGACCCUCACGCUGCCAUGCUCGAGGCCAAGACCAAGGAGAUGCAGGGUGCCGAUGCCGAUGCCAAUGCGGAGACAACAAUCGAGGAGAUUGUGGAGGAAGUCUUGGAGGAGUCUGAGGAAGUCAUUGCUUAAAUGCAACAGUAAGAAUAUGAGACGAGACAUACGUACGACGCACAUUACGCCAUUUUUCUUUUCGGAGCAGGAGUGGGAAGAGAAAAAAAAGAAGAGAAGAGGUGCACGGGUCGACUAAAUUUGCAUGCAUGACUGGGAGGAGAGAAACACAUUGGAGUAGUAUUUUUUUCCUAUGUAUGGGUAGAAAAAACGGUUCAAAUAAUGACGAUUUACUGUUC